AUGAUUCACAACGGAUCAACGCCCAGAAGAUUCGUAUUUGGAAACAAUGACGCGAACGAGCGCAUUGUCCCGGAAGAAUAUAAGUACAACUCAUCUAUGAUAAAUGAAUUGAUAAAACAGAAUAAGGAUCUCCACAAACAGGUUACAGAAAAACAAGAAGAAAUUGAUAGAUUGAACGUGCUAAUUGGUUCGUUUAGGGCAAAAUUGAUCAAAUACACAGAACUCAACAAGAAAAUGCAGCGAGACCAACAGGAACAGCAACAUAAUCGGCAUCAAUCUUUUGAAUCCAAACCAAGGUACAAGGCUGAAUUCACUAGUGAGUCUUCUUCACCUGUUAGCAAUGAACGAGAUUCUGAGUACCUGCAAAUCAAGAAGAAUAAUCGCCAUGACGAGAAUAAAAUCGAUGACAUAUACCAAAAACUAGAGUUACUUACAAAUCUGGUCAACGAUGCUAUCCACAAACAAAAUAAUGGGGAACAGCGAGAACCCUCAAAUUUUAAUUCUAGGAUAGUAAGCGAUGAUGAUAUUAUAAUAUCUGAAUCUCAAGAGUUCAAACAGCUUCAAGAUCAAAUAGACCUCUUGAAAAGGAAACUCUUGAUAAAAAAAGAGAAUGAACUGCGAAAAUUAUCGUUAAAUAAAGAACUAGCCGACUUAAUGGACGAGCUAAGUAUGAAUUCUUCACCAUCCGCAAAUCAAAAUAUUGAUCCAUACUCCGAGCUGUCAAGCCGUCCGAAAUCUGGGCAGCAAAGGCGCACUAAUGAAGAUCAGCAAUCCCUGCAUUGCGAACAUUGCCAUCUGAAAAGUCAUACCCAAAGUCAUCCAUCCGAACCAAGAUUUGUAAAUCUAAAAGAAUCUCUAGAAACACCAACACCAACACCCACUCAGACUCCUAGAAAGCUGAAAAGGGAAAAGGAUACAAAUGUUGCAGAUAAACAAUAUUCGUUAUGGUAA